AUGUUCAAAAGCUCGGUCGCUCCGACCAUUACUUUGGCUGCAUUCCAGGCUACGCCUUGGGCGGAUUACUACGGGACCUUGGGCUAUUUAUCGAUUAUCAUGACGAUCCUUACGGUUGUGAUAAUGCCGCGAGCGAAAUUCAUCCAGACGCUGCUUGUGAAUAUACUUCUUCUCUGCAUUGGAUGCAGCGUAUCACUUCUGGCCAUGUAUUGCUGUGUACAGGCCAGGAAUGGAGAUACAUCAUCCUACAACUCCUCGGCGUCUGCCGUUGCAGGGGUAUGGUUGAUGUUCCAGAUCUUCUGCAUCAGUGUGCUUCGAGCCAAGUUGCCGCAGUACAACAUUCCUUGCAUCAUGUGGGCAGUGUUUGCCAACGUUUCCAUGACGUACGGACCACAAUGGCCGACCAUGGCGUAUGCUAAUUCGUUCGCGCUCAAGCUGUUCAUUGGCUUCCUUACCGGCUUCGGUAUUGGAGCGGGUGUCUCUCUAUUGAUUUUUCCUGUCAACUCUCGAGACGUCGUCUUCAAAGGAAUGACUGCAUAUAUCGCAUCCUUGCGUGGAGCACUGAAAGCUAAUUUAGACUAUAUGCACGCGCUUGAGCGCCAAGAUAUGUUUGCUGCUCAAUCGACCAACACGAUUGGUGAAAAGCUGCCCAAAAGCCCCGAGGCAAAGGUAUUCAAGCAGAAAAUGCAAGCGCUUGCUGCACUACAUGGCAAAAUGUCCACCGAUAUGCCUUUUGCGAAACGAGAAGUUGCACUAGGGAAACUUGGCCCGGACGACAUUCAAGAGGUAUUUCGUCUAAUACGUGGAGUCAUGGUUCCCACCAUUGGUCUCAGCUGCAUGGCAGACAUCUUCGUUCGCAUUGCAGAGGAUCGAGGUUGGGAUAGAGACGUCGAUCUUGCGGAUGCCACACUAGACGAUGCUCACAAUGAAUCGGAGAAGAUGAGAAUUGAGGCUAUUAACGAAUGGCAUGAAUUGAUGAGACACUUAAGUCAGCCCUUCAAUCACAUCACGCAGACCAUUGAUGAGGGUCUAGAACACGUCCGCAUAGUCCUUCAACUUGGUCCGAAGAAAAGCUGGAAAAAUGCUGGCAAGCAAGAUGUGGAAUCUGAGGGGACGGAUCCGAGACCCGGGGACAAAGGUUUCUUCACAGUCUUCCAGCACCGAAGCGUUGAAUUUGUUGAGAGUAAAAAGACAAUGCUGAGAGGCUGGUGCCACCUGCAUGGUAUUGAACUCCCCGGAAAUUUCUUCGAGGACCCAGAUCGCGUCGACUUCGAAGCUCCAGAAUGGAUGAAUGAAGGCAUGCUCUCGGAUCCUCACAGACGGCUACGUCGUCAACUUUUCCUCUGCCUGUAUAUUGAGUUCUUGCUAAUAAGCGCGGCGAAGAGGACCUCAUACCUGAUUCACGCAGUUGAACAAUAUCGAGACAAUGGAAAACUCAGCCGCAAGCGCAUCGUCGUGCCAGGAUGGAAGCGACUGCGGAAAUGGUUCAUCAGCUUGUUUAAUGAUAACGAAGAUGCGCACGGAGACAGCAACGAUGGUAUGACCAGCGAGGGCCAUCGUGCGCAGGUCUACCUGGGAGACGCAUACAGGAAACGGAAAGAUCCAGAACAUCUCCCACCAGCCAACGCUUUCGAGCGAGGCGGUGAGGUCCUUCGCAAGAUUGCACAUUUCUUUGCAUCUCCAGCAGCAGCUUUCGGGCUUCGAGCUUCGGCUGCAACGAUGACAAUCGCCAUUGUGUGCUACCUUCGAGAUACACAAGCAUUCUAUACCGAACAGCGGCUGUUCUGGGCACAAAUCAUGGUGUCUAUCGCAAUGAGUCCUUCAGCUGGACAAAGCCUCAGAAACUUCAUCCUACGUGCAGGCGGCACAUUCUUGGCAUUGAUCGCUGCCUGGGUAGCCUGGUAUAUCGUGGACGAAAAGACCGCCGGGAGCAUCAUCUUCUACUUCCUGACCAUGCACAUCGGAGCCUACAUCAUGCUCAAGUAUCCUGCAUACAUUCCGGUCGGCGUCAUUUUCCAGAUCACUGUCAGCUUGAUGAUCGGCUACGAGUUGCAAGUUAGAAAGCUGGGCGUUGAGAGAGCCACGUCGAAUGGGCAAGCAUACUAUCCCAUCUACGAGCUUGGCCCCAUCCGACUGGCGACUGUCUGCGGAGGUCUUUUCGUGGCAUGGAUCUGGACGUGGUUCCCAUACCCUAUCACGGAACGCAAUCAGCUUCGGAGACAACUGGGCUCUGCACUGUACCUGCUGGCCAAUUACUACUCGGUCAUGCAUGAGAUCGUCCGGUUGAGAUUGCGAAACCAGACCGGCGAUAUGACGCUAAAGGACAGUCCUGGACGAAGGUUGGAGAAAGCACGCAACAAGCUUUACGCGAAAGCCAACCUCACACUCUCCAGCUUAAGAGCACAGUCGCAGUUCUUGAAGUUUGACAUCCCAAUAGGGGGCAAGUUCCCGCGUGAGCAAUACCAAAGGCUCAUCAAUCAGCUUCAAAGCAUUCUCAAUUUCAUGUCGCUUGUGUCGUUGGCUUCAUACAGCUUCCAGGAGCUGCGACAAGAGGGCGAAGAGCAGCACGGACUUGCAUGGGUACACCAAUUCGAAAAGCUAAUUGGCCAAGCGAACUACACUUCCGAGCAAGUAACAACCCUUCUCGUACUACUGUCAGCUUCGAUCAUUGGCGAGCAGCCUUUGCCUCCGUAUUUGAAAGUGCCAGAGCCAUACACACUUGGCCAGAAGCUUGAGGAGAUGGACAACAAGCUCUUGAGUGUCAGACACAUUGCCGAACCUGGCUAUGCAAGCUUCGCUGUCAUACAGCUCGGUACCAGAUUUAUCCAUGACGAUCUGCGUCGCUUGGUUGCUGGAGUCAAAGAGCUUGUCGGAGAGCUUGACUUCUCGUACCAUAUCGUCUCCACGACCGAUCCGGACCGCGAACAGUCUGAGGAGACGCUUGUGUAUACGCGUACAAGAACAGAAAGUGGCACGAUCGACCGGACGAGAACGAAGCAAGACUGA